AUGUCUCCACACAAAUUUGAUCUGGAGGUAGAUGGCUUGAAGAUCAAGAUUGCCAUCGACAGAGGUGGCACAUUCACCGACUGCUUGGGCAUUGUCGAGGGCCGGGAAGAUGACAUUGUCGUCAAGCUCUUGUCUCAAGAUCCCCAAAACUACGAGGAUGCGCCUAUCGAGGGCAUUCGGCGCAUCCUGGAACAGGCCACGGGCAAGUCGUAUCCGAGGGACCAGAAGUUGAACAUCUCAGGCUUUUCUGAAUUCUCCGUACGCAUGGGAACCACGGUUGCCACCAAUGCCCUGCUGGAAAGGAAAGGCGAACGGGUGGCGCUGGUCAUUACGAAAGGCUUCGCCGACGCCCUGCGAAUAGGCAAUCAGUCGCGGCCCGACCUCUUCGCACUCAAGAUCGUGCGGCCCGAUGUACUCUACCAAGACGUCGUUGAGAUUGACGAGCGUGUCACAAUCGAAGACUACCAGCAGAACCCGUUCCGAGAUGACGAAAAGACGGCUGCUUCACUAGAGACAGAUCCUGAUCUGGUGCGAGGGUUGAGCGGAGAAGUCGUCAGAGUCCUGAAAAGAAUCGACGAGCAGCAGACCAGAAAGGAACUGCAGCGGCUCUACGAUCAGGGGUACCGCUCUAUUGCCGUUUGCCUCGUGCAUUCGUACACCUUUCAGGACCAUGAGCUCGCCAUCCAGAGGAUUGCAAGGGAGAUUGGCUUCCCGCAGGUUUCGCUUUCAAGCCAGCUGCUUCCCAUGAUCAAGAUGACUUCUCGCGGAAUUUCAUGCACCGCCGACGCCUACCUCACUCCAGUCAUCAAGCGCUACGUCGAAGGCUUCCGGGAAGGCUUCUCCGACGGCCUACAGUCUCAGAAGUCGCGCUGCGAAUUCAUGCAAAGUGACGGUGGCCUCGUCAGCUUCGAAAAGUUCUCCGGCCUCCGAGCAAUCCUGUCCGGACCCGCUGGCGGCGUCGUCGGCCAUGCACGCACAUCCUUCGACCCGGCCGAUCCUACGCCAGUAAUCGGCUUCGAUAUGGGCGGCACUUCGACCGACGUCUCCCGGUACGACGGUAACCUUGAGCAUGUCUUUGAAAACACCACGGCAGGCGUGACGAUAAUGGCCCCACAGCUGGACAUCAACACUGUUGCUGCAGGCGGUGGGUCUAUUUUGUUCUGGCGACACGGCCUUUUCGUCGUCGGUCCCGACAGCGCCGGCGCGCAUCCUGGACCCGCUUGCUACAGGAAAGGGGGACCGCUCACAGUCACCGAUGCCAACCUGUUCCUGGGCCGCCUGCUCCCCGAGUAUUUCCCCAAGAUCUUUGGCCCGAACGAGAACGAAUCUCUGGAUGUAGAAACCACGCGGAACAAGUUCGCCGAGCUGGCAGCGCAGAUCAACCAGGAAACGGGGCAGAACAAGUCCGCAAAGGACAUUGCUCUUGGCUUCAUCGAGGUGGCGAAUGAAUCAAUGGCAAAGCCCAUCCGAGCACUGUCCGAAGGCCGAGGAUUCGACACAUCCGCUCACAAUCUGGCUUGCUUUGGUGGCGCUGGUGGCCAACACGCCUGUGCCAUUGCUGCGUCACUGAACAUCCAUACUGUCAUCAUUCACCGUUACUCAUCCAUCCUUUCGGCUUAUGGUAUGGCAUUGGCGGAUAUCGUACACGAAGCACAAGAGCCAUGUUCGGGAGUGUUUGAUGAGGCUGCCAUGACGACCAUCAGGGAGCGCAUUGCAACACUGAAGAAGAAAGUAACCGCGGAGCUCAUCGGCGAUGCAAUCUCCCCAGACAAGAUCACCCAUGAGGUUUUUCUGAAUCUCAGGUAUAAAGGCACCGACAAUCUGCUCAUGAUCCUCGAGCCCGCCUCGGGCGAUUUCGCUUCGGAAUUCCGGACCCAGCAUAGGCGGGAGUUCAGUUUCAACAUACCCAGCCGAGCCAUUCUCUGUGAGGACAUACGCGUUCGGGGCAUCGGAAAAUCAUUGUCUAUUCCCGUAGAAGCGCCACAGGCAGAGCUCAAAUCCACAAAGGCGACUCUCAUCAGCAACGACAAGCAGGAUGACGAGACGACCGUGUACUUCGCCAACGGUGGCGACCGUAAGACACCCGUCUUCUUCCUGCGCAGCCUCACUGCCGGCAGUCAAAUUCCCGGACCCGCAAUGAUCAUCGACGCCACACAGACCAUUGUUGUCGAGCCAGCAGCCACAGCAACAAUUCUCUCCAAGCAUGUCGUGCUCCACGUCCCCUCGACAGGCAAGAAGGACAGCGAGGCUGCCGAUGCCAUUGAUCCGGUCAGGCUGUCCAUCUUUGGCCACAGAUUCAUGUCUAUUGCGGAACAAAUGGGAUAUACCUUCCAGAAAACGUCCGUCUCGACCAACAUCAAGGAGCGGCUGGACUUCUCUUGUGCUCUCUUUUCGCCAGACGGCAAGCUUGUGGCCAAUGCACCACACGUCCCAGUACACCUGGGCUCCAUGGAAUAUGCCGUCCGCUACCAACACGAGCAGAUGGGCCCGUCUCUCAAGCCUGGAGACGUCAUUUGCAGCAACCACCCCCUGGCUGGCGGCACCCACCUGCCAGACAUCACCAUCAUCACGCCAAUCUGGGACGACGCUGGCAAGGACAUCAUCUUCUACGUAGCCUCCCGCGGCCACCACGCCGAGAUCGGCGGCACCCACCCCGGCUCGAUGCCCAGCGACAGCAAGAUGCUGUACGAAGAAGGCGCGCAGACCAUGGGCUUCAGAAUCGUCAGCAACGGCAUCUUCGACGAAGACCGCGUCCGCCAGUUCCUCGUCGACGAGCCGGCCACGUAUCCCGGCUGCAGCAGCACCCGCACCUACAACGACAACGUGUCGGACCUGAAAGCCGCCAUCUCGGCCAACCAACGCGGCGCCUCCCUCAUCGCCGCCCUCGUCGCCGAAUACAGCCUCGCCGAGGUCCACAAAUACAUGCGCGGCAUCGCCACCACCUCCGAAGCCGCCAUCCGGCACUACCUCCGCACCCUCGCCGCCUCGCGCGGCCCCUCCGCCGGCGCCGCCCCCCUCACCUUCACCGACCACAUGGACGACGGCACGCCCAUCGCCCUCGCCAUCGCCAUCGACCCCUCCACCGGCUCCGCCACCUUCGACUUCACCGGCACCGGCCGCGAGACCUUCAACUGCCUCAACGCCCCCAUCGCCAUCGCCCACUCGGCCAUCAUCUACGCCCUCCGCUGCCUCCUCGGCGUCGCCAUCCCCCUCAACCAAGGGUGCCUCGCGCCCAUCACCGUCAUCAUCCCCCCCAACACUCUCCUCAACCCCUCGCCGCACGCCGCCGUCUGCGCCGGCAACCCCGUCACCAGCCAGCGCAUCACCGACGUCGUGCUCGGCGCGUUCGGCGCCUGCGCCGCCAGCCAGGGGUGCUGCAACAUCCUGUCGUUCGGCAUGGGCGGGCGCGACGCCGCGACGGGCGAGGUUGCGCCCGGUUUCGGCGUCGGCGAGACGAUUUGCGGCGGCAGCGGCGCGGGGCCCGGGUGGAAAGGGGAGAGCGGCGUGCAUGUGCAUAUGACGAACACGCGGAUCACGGACGCGGAGGUGUUGGAGUUGCGGUAUCCGGUCGUGUUGAGGCGGUUUGGGCUGCGGAGGGGGUCGGGGGGAAAGGGGGAGUGGGACGGCGGCGAUGGGGUGGUGAGGGAGAUUGAGUUUCGGGUGAGGGUGAGCGCGAGUAUGUUGAGUGAGAGGAGGGUGUUCAGGCCGUAUGGGAUGGCGGGGGGUGGGCCGGGGGAGGCGGGGUUGAAUUUGUAUGUCAGGAAGGAAAGCGGGGCGGAUGGGGUGGUGAGGGAGAGGGUGGUGAAUAUUGGCGGGAAGAUGGAGCUGGAUGUCCAGCCGGGAGAGCGGAUUGUGAUCCAUACCCCUGGAGGCGGCGCGUGGGGUAAACCGGUGGACAAGCCGUCGACGGCCGUCACCGUAGCCUGA